AUGCAGGAAUGGCCUGAGAACGUGACCCAGCUCAUCUCAGAUUUCUCUGUUCUGGGGGAUGAUGAGCAGUGCCAAAUGUCUCCUAUCCUCACAACAUGUCUAGUUGUGUGGUACAGCCUCACAAUGGUGCUGGGGCUGGUGGGGAACAUCGGACUUAUCUGCAUUAUUGCCCAUCGCAGAGAGAAAGUCAAUGUAACCAGCAUUUUCAUCUGCAACCUGUCGUUCUCUGACAUUCUGGUGUGCAUUUUCUGCCUCCCUUUCACCGUCAUAUACACAAUUAUGGAUCACUGGGUGUUUGGGUCACUGUUAUGCCGCCUGGUGCCAUUCAUCCAAUGUGUGUCUGUGACUGUAUCAGUGCUGUCGCUGGUGUUCAUUGCUUUAGAAAGGCAUCAGCUCAUCAUCAACCCCUCCGGAUGGAAACCGAGUAUCCCUCAGGCCUACAUGGCAGUCAUUGUUAUUUGGAUAUUAGCUGGCAUCACCUCCACACCUUUUCUUGCUUUUCAGCUUCUCACAAAUGAACCCUACACCAAUGUAGCCUUACCACUUCAUCAACAGCCAUCUCCUCAUGCUUAUCUCAAUGCAUCUUUGCCUCGACUUGUCUCAUAUUCAAACAAAAAUUCAUCUGUGCCUCUUAAUUUGUACCGCUCCCUAUUUUCUUAUGUGCCCACCUCUCCACACAUGGAAGCCUGUGUGGAGCACUGGCCAUCACAGGAACAUAGGGUUGCUUACACCACAUGGCUCCUGCUGUCCCAGUACUGUGGUCCACUUUUAUUAGUCCUUCUUUGUUAUGUAAGGGUUUUUGUGCGCCUUCGCCACCGCAAAGACAUGCUGGACCGGGCCAGGAUCCCUGAGAACCAGCGGGUGUCCCACAGUCGACGAAUCAACAUCAUGCUGGUCGCGCUUAUAACCGCCUUUGCUCUUUGCUGGCUUCCACUCACCAUCUUUAACGUCGUGGCAGACUGGAACCUGGAGGCUUUGCCAAUAUGUCAUCACAACCUUCUUUUCUCUCUCUGCCACCUGCUGGCCAUGUCCUCCACUUGCAUUAACCCCAUCAUCUAUGGCUUCCUCAACUCCAACUUUCGCCAAGAAGUGCGAGAGGUUCUCCUACACUGCCACUGUUUCCGAAUAGAAGAAGAGUGUGAACACUUCCCCAUGUCAACGGUGUCCCGCAUUUCUGUGCCUCUUCAGUGCAGGAGUAAUUCUGUCUGA